AGUUAAUGCAUUAUUCAAAAAUGAACUAUCUAAUCCUUUAUCAAAAAUAGAACAGCGAAUGAAAAUCUUACAAGUUUGAAAAUGCAACGAGAGUUUAUUUUUGGUAUGCAACAUAUUUCACUACGAGUAUAGUUGUAACCAAACUCUAAAGGAAAAAAGCUGGUACAAGAGUUGAAAUUCCCGAUUUUUACAGGGCAGGUGAAAUUGUAGGUUCAACAAGGUUCAAUGAUACGGAUCAUUGACAGAUUCUACUACCGAAGUAAAUGCAGAAAAAUGAUCCAAAUGAAAUGUCAGCAUAUUUACACGAGAUUAGCGUGUAAGGCUGUCGUAUAUAAAUAUUAAUUCAAAUUGAUAAUCAAUGUCCUUAAACACCAACCAUAUUUUUUUACACAGAGAAAGAUUCUAAUAAUGAUGAAGUAAUAAAUUUCAAAUUUUCAUUUUAAGAGCCUUAUUUUAUUUACACUAUCCGUCAAUGGCCUUCGAAUGGAGGGCCUCUAUGGCUGAAGUCGUCAAAGGUUUGCUGCUGCUUUUAUUGGCGCAGCAAAGCGCAGCUUGGAUUCCUUUCAUUGGUGAAGAGUCCCACAAACACCUCCAUCCCACCACCCAACAAGGUGAGUGGGACCUGCUGCAGCUUGUGUCGCUGAACGAGUCCCAGGAAGGCGUGUCCCUGUCAGCAACACCUCACAGGAACGCGUCAGCCUUCGUCAUCAAGGAGGCCUACACUAACGGCCGUGUUGGCCACGACAUCACGCAUGAGAUAUUCUCUCACCUACUGUCGGACGUGUCGUGCUUCUUCGUGUACCGCCAAGUGAACGGCACAGUCGCCCCCCUCAUCACGGCCACGAUGCCUGGCUCCUCCAAACCAUGGCUGCAGAUAAAUUCUGACCUUCGACGUCGAAGGCUACAGCUUAUUUAUCGGCUUAAAGGAGAUCGCCGCACGCACCGUACUACCUUUCCUCUGUCCGAUAAGGUUGGCCUGACAUGGACCAGGCUGCUCGUGUCAAUAAGCGGAACGCAAGUGAAGGUUUGGGUGAACUGCGACGGUGUGGUGAAGAGGCAACUGGACGGUGCAGUGGACCUGCUGCUGCCUCAGGAAGGACUGCUCUUCUUCUCACACGAACAGCACUUCAAGAACAGACUUCUCGGCGCCGUGCAGACUGCAAAGCUGUUCAACUUCGCGAUGUCAUCGCGUGUGUGGCGCUGCAAUUUUGAUGAUCAGUUCGGCCCGGAUUGGAAGCCGCCCCUUAUUGGAUAAAUUUCCUAUCAAGUUAGAAAUAGACUUAUGAGCUAUUCAUGCCACUCCAAUGUUGCGAAUUUGAAAGGAGAUGCAAGAUGAGAAAGAUCGAUCGGAACUUCUUAUUGGAAUAGAAGCCAUUCCUCGUCAGAGCAAAUGAAAUGGGAACGAAAAUGUCACAAAUUUAAACAUUUGCAAAUGCGCCAGCACAAAGUCCAUGUGAAGAAGCUUGCACUUAUUAUUGGUAUAGCACAUCAGGAAUUAAGUCCAAUGCAAGAAAUAAAUAAAACUUGGAAUUUCGUCCUAGUAUACAAACAAGCAAGAAUUCGAAAUUUCGUGUUUUCAACUUAAACUUGAUCUCUGCUGGUUAGACAAUUGUUUUCAACGUCCCAGGAGUAAGUAAAUGACUCCCAUGACGAGGUAUCUCAUGGAUCCAUGCCUACCAAACUCAGAAUUGAAUAAAGAGAAAAAGGUUGACGCGUGGGUCUCGAACCCACAGUUCACUGAAGUGUAGCUUAAUUAAGAAAACCGGUGCACAGAACGGUGCAUGCUCAACGCUAAUGUUACUCGUCGGGAAAGGAGUUAACCGUCAUGCUUUUUAAGAGCAACUUCUCGCGUCCUCACGCGAACUCUGGGCAGACCAAGUCAAAAUCGGUAGCUUUUUACGAGUUGCCGACACCAACUUGUUAUAUAAUUUCUUUUAAUGGCCCUAUAUUAGAAUCUACGGAUUAAUAUGUAAGCAAAAUAUUGUGAUGCACGUGUCCUUUGCUCGUAGAACUUAUACAUCCUAUAUCUCACGUUUGGUCAGCCUAAUGUACGUCACACAACGAAAGGAAGUGAUUAUUAUGACCAUAUAUGAUUUUUUCAGAGGUUAUAAGUGUUUCAAAUUUUCGUUUAACAAUAAUUCAGCUCCUUACAAUCUGCAUGCCCUAUAUCGCUAUAAAUGUUUGUUCACGCAGCAAUAGAUUCUGUUUUCAAUAUUUAAUCGUAGCGGCUUUAUGAUAAAGUUUAUGCCGUUUUAUCCAAUUAUUGUUGUAAAUUAGGAUUUUCCUCGUAAAUCUCGCACAAACUUGCACAUAUCCGCUCAUGAAUGGUCAUUAGGAUCUUAUUCAGGUAGAACUGUUGCGUCCGUGCGCUUUUCUUUCUCGAUGCAAAAGCCCUUCAAUACGCAUUUUCCUGACAUUAUUUUGGUCCUCAGUGGUUUUAAUUUUUUAGAAGCAUUGGUGGGUUGAAGGGAAGUUUUAAAACGGGUUCGCCACUACCAGUGGCUCAAAAAUUAGCCAUUUAUUAUUCGGAGCCAAUAAUUUACUAACAUAUCUCAAUUAUGAAAGCAAAGUAAAAAAUUAAAUAGAUGAGGAGCCUAACCUGAAUAUCAAUUUGUAAGUAAUUAAAAUAUAACACUGAAAUUUUCAUAUGUUGUUGGGCGCACCACAAUGUUGAUAUGUAUCACUUACUUUUGCUCACGUGACUCGUGUUUGUCAGAUUAGUUAGUAAUCGUGAAUGUUACAAGGAAUGCUCAUAGCACGAGGUCUCGAGUUGAAAAUAAGUGUACCAUGUUAUCGUUUCAACAGAAUUUGAUUCUUAUCAAUGUCUUGGCAUCACCAACAAUCUCUCACGUGACCUCAUUUGAGCAAUGUAAAUGAUUACUCAUAAUGGACUAAAAUCAACGCACCCAAUUACUUAGUAGCCAGUAAAUGCCAACUUCAUCCCUAUUUCACUAAUGCGGAACUACUUAUAGCACAAAUUGUAAAACGUUCAUGUACAUACUUUGUUACCUACUAUUUCGAUCCUAAAUAAAUAAAAUGUACAUUCUCAUG